AUGGCGUUGCGGGCACGCAGGAAACUGGCGGUGAAGUUUCACCCUGACAAGAAUCCUGACAAUCCUGAAGCAGUCGAUACGUUCAAGGAGAUAAACAAUGCCCAUGCCAUUCUCAAUGACCCCACGAAGCGCAACAUUUACGACAAAUACGGCUCGCUGGGACUGUACGUGGCCGAGCAAUUUGGAGAAGAGAAUGUCAACACUUACUUUAGCCUCUCCAGCUGGUGGGCAAAGGCGCUGUUUGUGUUGUGCGGCCUGGCCACCGGCUGCUACUUCUGCUGCUGCCUGUGCUGCUGCGGACGAUGUAAACCUCGGGACGCUGAGCGUCCGAAGCGGGAGGCGAGCCCAUUCGUGCUUCAGCCCACAGCAACAGAGACAACCCAGCUGACGUCGGACGGCCACUACUCCUACCACACCGACAUCGGCUUCAACUAAGCGGCCGCACCCGUCCGUCUGUCCGUCCGUCCGUCCCUCCUCGCCUCGGUUCCACCUGCUCCCCUGCAACACCUCCGCGACGGGAAAGAGGAGGACAGGGACGAGUCA